AUGCAUGUUGAGGCCAAGAUAAUGCAUUGUGAUCAUUCAUGCAAGGAGGCCAUCCGGUGGUACAACUUAGCCAUCAAUGCACUGCAGCAUAUUGAGCCGCAACUGGUGUGGGUACAGUCAGACACCAAUGUGGACUCCCCCAUCUGGUAUACCCUCUGGUUCAAUACUACUGGAGCACCACCACCCAAAUGGUUCAUCAACCCCAACAUACAUCAUGGGAUCAACAUGAUGCUGCAGCAUGAUCAAUGUGAGGAAGAGGAGGUGUGGCUGGCAGCUGUGUGGAUUCAAAGAGUGGUUGAGCAUGCAGUAUGCACCUACAGGUCUGAGGAAUCCUCAGGUGCUCAACUCGGUAUUGUGCAGGUACUUUGCAAGUAUCUUGAUCUACACAGACACCUUCAACCCCUGCUGCAGCAGCCUGUGGAUGUGCAGCUACUGUCAACUGCAUGCAACAUUGUGGACCACUCACUAGGUGCAGUGCGUGUCCCUGCUCCACAGCAUGGUCCCAGGGGGCUGCAUAAUAUUGAGGAACCCGAUGAAGAGGCAAACAUGGUGGAAUUUUUUGAUGACUUGGUGGCUGAUGGGGUGGCUGCCAGUGCAACACAGGAUGAAGACAUAUCCACACAUGAUUCAGACAGUGAGGUGGAGGCGGAACUCUUAGAAGGUCAUGCUAGCAGGAACUCAACAGCUUCCAGUGACAGCAGUGAUAGCUGUGACUGA